AUGUCGCUGCUCAUCUGUGUGAGCGCCUUGUCCUUGGAGUCCUACGCACCGACGCAUCUGCACCACCAUCUUCCGCAGUCUCUCCCGUCGAUGGGCGUCACGCCGGGGGCCUCUGACGCGCGACCGAUGAAACGCACGGCGUUGCUCUCCGUUGCCGACAGCGAAUUGGGCGAAAUUCGAAGAGGCGCCUGCUGGGGACACUCAGUGUGGACAGAGAACAGCGGUGACGUGGAUCGCCGUCGUUCCAUGCACUCUGUCGGCUCGCCCUUUCUAGACGGCCAAAUGCGUAUGAAGGAUCGCUUCCGAAAAGGGACCUCCGUUGACUCUCGUGCGCACCGCAGAGGCGGACCCACACCGGCGAUGCUCCUUCUGGCGGGAACAGAUGGUUCAGAGUCCUCUCUCAAUUCACCUUCGCUCCUCUCUUCCAUAUAUUCCUCAGCGACUUCACGCCGGUCAGCGUCUCUCCCCAGCUUUCCACCAUCGCCACCGUCGGCGCCCCCUGCGCACCCGCUUACGUCUCUAGCUUCCAUACCUCACCUCUCAGUAUCUUCGUCGAACCGGCCCUCUGCUUCGUUACCUGGGCUCUUCUUUCCGGCGAGGCAGUGCCCGCCACUAGAUAGCAUCGCCUCGUGCGACCGGCGACGCGCUAGCCAGGCUUCUGUCGCGUUCCCCGUUCUUGCGUUUUUUGGCGGGAAUGCGGCGGACAGCGAGGACCGCGCCUCUGCGGAGUGCCGGCAGUCCGGUUCUUUCUCGCGUGCCUGCUCCGCUUCGACCGCGCGUUUAAAGUCUCUCUUCACCUGGUUGGGCCGUCAUAUCUUCGACUCUCGCGCCUCAUGCGGAACCAGCUCCGGCAGUCAAGGCAAUUUCCCGCCGGAAAGCGCUGAUAUCUUCUUGCCUGGGAGGGGUAAUGUCUCUUCCGAUGUGACUCUGUCGCCGGGUCCGGAAUCUUUGGCUCUCCAUGCACUUCAGUCCGUGCUCGGAACCGCCCCCCUGUCCGAGUGCUUGCUCAGUGGCGAGCAGAAAAAGCGCCGAGGCGAAAUCAAACUUGGAAGCGGGGAAAACCAGCACGCGGAAGUCGACGACCGCGUCGGAGGUGAAGAGUGUGAUGCAGGUGAGGAAGCGAACCGCCAGACCGAAAAGCUGUCAAUGGAGGACCGCAAGGAGAUAGUGAAACGCAGAGUCAAAAUAUAG